AUGUUUCAGCGUGCACUGCGAUACCGCGUCGCAUUCCAAACCAUCACAGUCGUCGCAGCAGCUGCAAGUCUCUUUUAUCUGCGCAAGCCCAAGUCGCGUGUGCCUGAGGAGCCAGGCCCCGACGGCAAGCCACAACAGCUUAUGCCAUGGAACCCCGAGAAACAAGAACGUCGUGACAUGGAGAAUGAGGCUGAGUGGAGAUCACGCUUUGCAGGUGCACAGACUCGCCAUGAGCGCGAGAAUGCGGCCAUUGAGCGCAUGGUCCAGGAGGCCAUAGCUCGGCGUGAACAAGCAGCCAAGGAGCUUGCUGCUGCGAACGCAACCGCCUCACCCACAUCGCCCGAGCCUACAGAUACAUCUCAGGCCACUGCUGCCGUUCCUGACAGCAAGGAUCAGCAAAAUCAAUCCCUUCUUGCUCGUCUUGGUCAAGACAAACGUGCGUGGUCCUUUUAG